AUGUGGUGGAAAAUGGAUAGCGAAAAUCAUAAGAUUGCAGAACACACUGUCAGCACAAUUGAUGUAUAUAAAGAUCUGUGCCUUAGCAAUCGUUUAAAGACUUCAUACUUAUUCAAAGGCUAUGGAAGCCAAAGAGAAAACCAGAACCCUAUUUACAGAACAUCAAAUUCUGAAUACGGAUAUUUCACACCAUGUCCACAUACAGUUCCACAUAAGUAUUUCCCCAAAUCACAUAAAUUUACUGGUCACUUAUACCAAUGUGGAAUGUUUCGGAAUUUCUCCUUAAAUACCGCCAUUGAUCACAGUUAUUGUGAUAUACAAUGA